AUGAACUCAAGAGACUUAGAAGUGGAAUUCCCAUCUUCGCAAAGAGUGCAAGGGGGUAGACCUCUAGAGACGUCGCCUUUAUCAGACAGCACUAAGCAACCAAAAAAGAAGAGACGGAAACCCAUCACAUCCUGUGCUUUCUGUCGUCAAAGGAAACUGAAAUGUGAUCAGAAGAGACCGAUUUGCUCAACAUGUAUCGGGAGAAAGUUGACGACGUGUGUUUACGCAGACGAUAAUUUAUCUCCUAAUGACAGUCGCUAUACUGGGCCUCAUUCGGUUGGAUCGUCAAAUUCAUCUCAUGGGACUGAGUCCACUACUAUGAUGCAGGCUCCACCACCAAAUGACUUGAUGUAUGACUCAGAAUCAGAGUUGGUGGAAAGAGUAAAAUAUUCAGAAAAACAAUUAGAGUUGGUUCAAAAUCAGGACACUCAGUCGUCCACUUCUCAUAGCGUACCUGUGGGUAGUACUACCAAAGAAACAUGCAUCAAUCCAUUUAAGGAUUUUUAUUUUCUUCAAAAUAAAUCUUAUGGUCGUAGGAUUCUAUAUGGACCUACAUCAAUGAAAACUUUUAUCAAGAAGAAUCAUUGGGGGUUUCUAACCAAAUAUAAUCAAUUAUGGAGUAAAGUCAAGAUUGAGAGAACAAAAUGGAAGAAGAAGAGAAACAUUUCCAACUUAAAGGAAUUGACUAUGAUUGAAGUAGACGGUAACCCAAAUGUACAUAAUUUAAUUGCUGAAGUGUGUACCGUGCUGCCAACUUAUGAAAAGACAACAUCCAUCUUGGAAUCAUUUUUCUCUGAGGAAAAUUACGAUCUUUAUGAAUUGAGAACUAUCUUGGACAAGAAUAAGGUAAUGACAGAUUUUUAUACUGCAUUUACUCCAAGCACGCAGCUUUUACCCAACGGUGAAAAACUUAUUGCGAAUUUGACCCCCAAUAAUAGAAAAAAGAAUUAUUAUAAGAUCGGUGUCAUACUGAUGAUUUUGGCGUUUGCACAUUAUUCUGAAACAAUACCCAAUGCCAUAUAUAAGUUCUUUAUUAUGUUAACCGGAUUUACCACUGGUAAGACAUCUUACGUUGAAAGAGCCCAGUUUUUACUACUAAGGCAUUGCUAUAGCCAGACUUUCAGAAAUGCAGGUGAUAAUACGCAUAAUGUUAUUAUAGCUGAUUUAUUAUCGGAUGCUGGAAUAACUUUGGGUUUGAAUUUAGAUAUCAAGAGAAACUAUUUUAGACAGGAGAACGAAGUGGGUCCGCUGGAUCUACUUGAGAACUUAUGGGUUUGGAUUGUUUAUGCUGAUUUUGAUGUUGCCUUUCUAAACGGGAGACCUUUGACCAUAAGUACGGCCCACUUCAAUGAACAAACUUGGGAGGUUAACCCGACAGAUGUACCUGCUAUUGCUAAGAUGAAACGAUUUUUAAAAUUAGCACGGCCCAUGGUUAACGAUUUCUAUAAUCCAAAUAUUUGUCCCAAUUUAGAAUCAUUCUGUGAGAAUUUAUUAGUAUUUGUGGAAAAUGAAUUUCCACCAAUAUCCUAUUUUACGGAUAAGGAAUUAAUUUCUAAAGUGGAUGUCAGAAGUAUCAGGAUAUUUUCAUCCAUCUUAAGAAUGCUGGUUUCAUUCUAUUCCUUGAGAUUUGCUGUAUUAAUGGAAAGGUCUAUUGAUUUGAAGAAUCAUCUGAUACAAACAAUUCUGAUAUCGUUUUCUCUUGUGAUUAACUGUACAGUACAUUUUUUUGAAAUAGAUAGAAAACGGUUCCCAGAAAUGUUAAGAGAAGAUUAUCCAAAUAUAACACCAUAUUUAGGUAUGUCAUUGUCGGUUAUAAAUGGAUUAUAUCCAAGAGUUUUGUCAGUAUUUUGUGCCUUAAUAUAUUUCAAGUUGACGCUAUUUGAAAAUGGAUUGCUAUUGGCAUUUGAUCUAGAACCACAAACUUGGAAAUUAAACACCUUAAGGGUACCUCAUAAUUCAUCGAUUCAUUUGAUGUCAUCGUACAAUAUGUACUGCCAAAUUUUUGAUUCCUGGUACAAGGCAGAUCCAGAUUUGAAGUUGGUAAUGGCUCGUUCGCAUUCCUUUGUUAUUGCAUUAGCCCUAGAGAGAACGUAUAGGACUGUCUUGGAAAAGACCAUUGAAUAUAGAAGAAGAACAGAGGAAACGUGGAUGUCGCAAAUUCAAAAGGAAUUAGACCCCACUCAAAUGGAAGAAGCCUCUAAUUCGGUAUUACCAAUAACAAAUGGAAGCUCUUCUGUGAGUUUAUCACCCCCUUCAUUGGCGGCUCCACCGCCUAUCCCAAACCCCAAACCGCCAAUGGGACCCAGUCUUGUGAAUGUUGGUAUGGACCCAGGUUUACAACCCCAUUUGCAAAAUGUUGCUGGUACCAGCAUUACGACCACUUCAUCCCAAACGCUCCCCAACGUGGAAAACCUAAUCAAUGCAGAGAACCAACCUGAGAUACAACCUGAGAUUGCUCAGAUGGUCUCUGAUGAUUUCUGGGAAAGCUACAACAUAGGGUGGAACCAACUGAUCAAUCAGCCAGAUCCCGCCAAAAUAUUCGCCGACAUCAAGCAGGAACUGAACCUCUGA